UGCACUCAGCAUGAACAGCACGCGUCGCUGCUGCUAUUCGCUUGUCAUUUUCGCAAUAAUUUGCCUCAACGGUGUAGCCUUCAACAUCAAUGUGGCAGCUGUUGAGUUUUAUACGCAGAAGCCCGCGUUUCUGCCCUCAUGUCGCAUCUAUGAGCCCGACUUUACCAACUGUUCCACGCACAGCAUACAGAAGCUCAUCGAUCAGCUGAGCAUUGGCAUACCGGAGAUAGUGCAGAGCUUUGGACCCUUUGAUCCCAUGCAUGUGAGGGAUAUUAUAUUCAAGCAGGAUAACAAUGAAGUUGCCACCAUCAGCGCAAAUCUAACCGAAGUGGUAGUCAAAGGUUUCUCCAAGACUAAAAUUGUAGAAAGCCGCGUUAGCAAAAAGGAUUUUAACUGGCAAACUAAAAUAUAUUUGCCCAAAAUGCGCUUGGAUGCAAAAUAUGUUAUGGCAGGCCGCAUAUUGCUAAUACCACUCAGUGGUGCUGGCAAUAUAUUUAUAGAAAUUGAGGAUCUGAAUAUUUUGAUGCUAACUAAGACCACGCUAUAUGAAAAGGGCGGCUUCACUUUUGACAGUGUCACUGCGGUGCGUGUGCAUUUGAAUCUGACCCGAGUGCGCACCCACUUAUCCAAUCUAUUCAAUGGACGCAGCAAGGAAGUUGAGAGUAGCACAAAUCAGUUCUUUAAUGACAACUGGCGAGAUUUCUAUGAAGCUCUUAAGCCACUUAUUGUGGAUACGGUUCAGAACAUAAUGUACGAGAUUAUGUCCAAAGUAUUUCAUUUGAUACCGGCUAACUUCUUUGUCGAAGACAUACCUACACCACAGCAACUAUACGGCGCUGCUUAUAAGGGCACUAAAAAUUAAAUAAAUCAAUGAUAUAAAUAUAUAAUUGCAUGUAUAUUAAUUCAUUUGUAAUUAAAGUAUUUAGUAUUGUACCAUCAGGCGCGAAUUAUAUCAGCUUUGUUUGCGGAAAAAUAUACGCCAAACGAUUUUUCUGCAAAUAAAAAUCAAAUUAUUAAAUAAAA